GAUACGAGUCCUCCACCCACCCUAGAGGAACUCAUGUUGACGUAACACACCGGUAAAGUAUUCAAACGGAAAAAACAUAGGGGACAGCGUUGUAACGAAACAGUGAAUAGUUUUGUUAUGAUAAUUAAGAAGGAUAGGGGAAAACGACCACCCCCAAAGACCCCGACACAGCUGUAGCUGUUUGGUUUCCUUGGCAGCGACAGGAGGAGCUUAGCUGCUAGUUCAUCUGCUCUGCCACAUCACACGGGAUAAAGCCUAUCAGCUCACGACUGUAACAGGCCUCUGGCCAUGGCUAAAGACCCACUCGCAGAGGCAGGGUUUUAUUUUGAUGACCUGAACAAGCUGCGGGUGCUAGAGCCUGAUGUCAGCCACAAGACGUCAGAGCUUAAAGAAGAGUGCAAGGACUUUGUAGACAAAAUUGGACAGUUUCAGAAGACCGUGGGUGGUCUAAUCGAGCUGGUGGACGAACUGGCAAAAGAAGCAGAAACGGAGAAGAUGAAGGCGAUUGGAGCCAGAAACUUGCUGAAGUCUGUGGCAAAACAAAGAGAAGCCCAGCAGCAGCAGCUUCAGGCCCUGAUCACUGAGAAGAAGAUGCAGUUGGAGAGGUAUCGCAUCGAGUACGAAGCCCUGUCCAAAGUGGAGUCUGAACAGAACGAGUUCAUCGACCAGUUUAUUCUGCAGAAGUGAGAGAACACGAAUAAAGAACGAUACAUUCAGCCUCUGAGUGCCUUUCCAGAGUGAUUGUCAUUUUAAGUCACUCCUACUGGAGCUUCGUCAUCUGAAACCCAGCUUCAGUGUCAUCAGGAAACCUCAACACCCGUUUCUGCGACGCUGAUCUCAGACGUGUGUGCGUGUGUGUGUCUGCAACACAUCAAAGCAGCCAUGCUGAACGCUCAACAUCAGAUGUGUCUAUAUCAAAGUCCAACAGAAAAAUGUAGAUCUAUUUAUAUGAAGCAGCAUUAUUAAUACUUUUCAUGAUGAAAAUUAAUCUGUAUAUCUAGUUUUGUAACUUUUUCUAUGAACUGUCAUGAAUUCUGCAUGUGAUUGUUAGCAAGUUUCAAACGUUUCCUUGUUAUGAAAGCCCGUUCUAGCCGACCUGCGGAUAUAAACACAAGCUUUUCUUAGAUUCCUACAGAUGUUUUACUUGAAUACUGUGUAUUGAAUAAAUCUGUCUUGAUGGUUGGUGGGUUAAUCUCACAUGUAUGUUUGGUUUUAGUAAAACUCCCAGGAUUUUCUUUUUUUUUUACCUACAGAACAAAAAGUUG